UUACAAUUAAAAAUUAAAAAACCCUAGCAAUCGCCGUUCUUCAUCUUCUGAUCUGCGAUUGACGAACGGCCACCACCACCGUCCUCCUUCGUUUGGCGCUUCACGAACGGCCACCACUCCCCCGCGGCGACUGACAAACAACAACAACAACUCUAGCUUCGCCGCCACCGUUCGAGGAUAAACUACGUAUACAAUCAUGCUUAAUAUUGCGACCACGUUUUGCAAGCGGCUGAAUGUCAAGGAUUUGGUGACCACUGUUCCUGUAUAUAGCAGUUUUAGUGAUGGAGCUGCUACUGGAUUAAGCUUAUUAUUCAGACGUUGGGCUACCAAAAAGACAGCUGGGUCGACUAAAAAUGGACGAGACUCGAAACCCAAGAAUCUUGGUGUAAAGAAAUUUGGUGGGGAGAGAGUUACUCCUGGUAACAUUAUCGUUCGUCAACGGGGCACUCGGUUUCAUCCUGGAGAUUAUGUUGGAAUGGGGAAGGAUCACACUCUUUUUGCCCUGAAAGAAGGCUGUGUCAAUUUCGAAAAGCACAAGCUGAGUGGACGUAAGUGGGUGCAUGUUAUACCGAAGGAAGGGCACGUUCUUCAUCCUAUUUAUGCAACUACUUCUACUUCCCCAGAAUUGAAGACAACAACAUGAUUUUUGAGACCGUUGAUGAACAUGAUCAUGAAUGGUAUAAAUUUUCCUGUAGUUUUUCACGGUCCACAACAAAUUCGGACUAAAAUCGAUCACCUCGGGAGGGGGAGUAAGCAGUCUCGUUGAGGGGCAUGUUUUUAAUGUUUCUAAUUUCCUUUUCUUGGAAAGCCUAUCGUAUUUCACUUUGGCUAUUCUGCAGACGAUGAUGUCCGCUCCUAGCUUGUUGCAAUUCACAAAAGAGAAAUUUCCUUUGUAAUUAAAUUGCAUCCUUUAAGUAAGUCGAGGUGCACUGGAGUACUUCGAGUGAAUUUGAGGUCCUCUUUAAACCUCCUCCCCUACCUGAAAAUUGUUUGAGGGAUAUUUUCUUAAUUGACAUUUCAGUAUGUAUUUGCCUGAGAAUGUGUAUCA